CUCUAGUUCCUGUCAUUUCGCGCGCCAUUACUACCAUGCCUCAGGGAAGGAGCAACAAGCUCGCCGUAACGGUGGCUCCGGGCAAGCGAAGCCUCAGUUCGUCCCCGCUCUCGUCGCCGAUUGCGUUCCUCAGAGCCAGAUUCCAGGGCCCAAAGAGCCCUCGCCCAGAGUCGCCGAGCGACGUCAUCGAAGUCGAUCAUGGCGAUGGCGUGGAGCCAGAGGUGGCUCGCAAGCAGAGGGAGAUCGCAAGCUUCCUCGGCAAGGCCGUUUCGCCAGCGAGCCGCGAGCUCGCUCCUGCCGCAUCGCCGGCCGUGCCGGUCACCCUCGCCGAGGCUGUCAAGCCGCUCACAAGGGAGGUGGUCGAGGCCUGCGCCACAAUGGUGGCGUCGAUGUACGAGCUUGACACCGCCGCAGCGGACGCACGCGUCCUCUUCGCUCCGAUCGAGGCCCACGUCGAGAGUAUCCAGUGGGCCUCCGCGACGUUGGAGGUGCACGGCGUCCUCGACGUCUCGCUGCCGCCGUUUGGCUACGCCGUCGUGCAGAUGGGCGGCGUCUCCACGAUGCUGCUCCUCUGGCGCGGUUCGCACACGAUCAUGGACUGGGUCUCCGACGUCGACGCGACGCCAGUCGUCUCCCGCCGCUGGUCCAGGGACGGGAAGAGCCCGAUCCGAGCGCACGGCGCAUACGUCUCGCUCUGCGAGAACGACCUCGCCGCCCACGAAGGCAGAAUCGUCUCCCUGAUGCUGGAGCACAAGGUGCAGCGGAUGAUCUUGACCGGCCACUCCCUCGCGGGGGGACUCGCGCACGUCGGCCACCUCUUCGUGCGCGGCCAGAUUGAGCAGGGCGCGGCGCCGUGGAACCAGCUCGACCGCGGCGUGCACGUCUCCACCCUCGGCUUCGCCGCACCGAUGACCAUUCUCUCGGAGCCCUCGCUCGCGCAGCUCGACCCGGACGUGCACGGCGAGUCGCACGCGAUCCUCGCCGACCUCAACGCCAACGCAGUCAACGUCGUGUACGGCGUCGACGUGGUGCCGCGGCUGCCGGGCUGCCUGGGUUAUCUGAACGAGGUGCUCGAGCUGUCGAUGCCGAUGCUGGUGGAGAAGGCGGUCGACGAGGUCGGGACCAAGGUGCACCUGCCGAGCUACCUGAAGCGGCUCCUCGCGAGGGCGCUCAGCGCGCGCGACGGCCUGCGCGAGGCGUACAUGCAGGUCAAGGGGAGCAAGGACGUGGAGACCCUCGUCGAGGUGAUGAUCCGGUUCGACCACGUGGGGCGGGUGCUCCACUACCCGCAGGGCGAGACGCCGGGCACGCUCCAGGUGUACGAGGGCAAGCGAAUCAAGGAGGUGCUGGGCGAGGGGCCGGGCGCGCCCCUCACGACGGCCAAAGACCUCGAAGCCCUGGCGCACGAACUCGAGGCUGCACACGUGCGCUCCUUCGCCAUGUUCAAGCUACCAGCCCGCGUCUGAUCUGUGUGUGUCCGGCGGGCCGGCCGAGGGGGGGGGAGUGUCAACUGUGCAAUGCGUGAGCGGUGCGCGGGGCUGGAACACACACAGGCCGGCGGGUGGAGCGUCGGAGGGUGAAGGCUGAAGGUGAAGCGAGUCGCGCCUCGGAACGCUCGGGCACAUAUCCUGUGCAGGUCCAUAUAUGUGGUGGUUUGCGUUGUGAGCAAAGCAAAGUUUCUUUUUUAUCUCGGGAGCUUGA